UGAUCAUCACAUUCCAUGUAUCCCCAUUUUCUGAUAAGAUAUAUUCUUCCGACGCCGACUGCACAUCAUUUGUUAUCUGCCAGUUUCCAGCGUGGGGCACGGUAUUCAGCAAACUCUCAGAUCAAAAUUCCUCAUCAUGCCAUCACCUAAAGCUCAUCCAGUAGGCGUGUACGAUGUCAUUGGCCUUGGAUUUGGCCCGGCAAAUCUUGCCGUUGCUGGAGCACUACUGGAACAAUCCAGAGAGACCUGCCCGAUAUCCGUGAACAAAUCUCUCUUUAUCGAGCGAUAUCCCGAAUUCAAAUGGCAUCCGGGUAUGCUCCUCCCAGGUACCCGUAUGCAGAUUAGUUUCCUGAAAGAUUUGGCUACCCUGAGGUCGCCACAAUCUCCUAUCACCUUCGUUGCAUACUUGCACUCCCAAAACCGUCUGGUGGACUUCAUCAAUCGGGGCUGCAUUACCCCGACGCGGAAGGAAUACUCGGAUUACCUUGCCCAUGCCGCGCGGUACGUGGAAGGUCAAGGCAUCAAUGUCGCAUAUGGCGAAAGUGUCAUUGCAAUCGAAGAAGGGGGUGAAGGCACUGUGCAGGUCCAUAGCAGGGUGCUUACAACUGGCGAAACUAUAAUUCGUCGUGCAAAAAAUCUAAUUAUCUCGCCAGGAGGUUCACCAUGGGUCCCGCGGUGUAUUCAGACCAUCCUACCUCAUCGUCGCAUCAUUCACAGCUCUCAGUACAUAUCUUCUGUAGAACCGAUGUUGGCCACGAUGAAGGCGACUACUCGGUCACUUAAAAUCGCGGUUGUCGGUGCUGGGCAAUCUGCAGUGGAAGUACUGCUCGACCUCAACUCGCGGCUAACCAGCAUGGGUAAGAGUGCUGACCAAACGCACAACCUCCACCUCAUCAUUCGUGGUGGCUCAUUGAACCCGAGCGAGGGCGGUCCCUUUGCGAACCAGAUAUACAAUCCAGAGAUGGUGGAUGUUAUGUAUAAUCUGCCAGGUGAUUCUCGAAGAAGAGUAAUGGCAGACUACAAGGCCACAAAUUACGGGGUGGUAAAUCCGUAUACGCUUGAUUCACUCUACCAAGUCAUGUACGACCAACAAGUAGACGGUGACAUCGCUAGACGCGGGGGAAAUGCGCUGCCCGGGACUAGUGCACACAUCACCAUCAUACCUUACAGUAACCUGUCGUCAGCGGAGAUCAGCACAAAUCCUUUGCAAACCCCCACAGAAACAGAAGAUACAGAUACACUUUCGGUUCUUUUGGAGAAUACCCUCACACAAGAGCUCUCCGAGAUGACAUAUGAUGCCAUUAUCUGCGCUACUGGCUACGAGCGAAAUUCAUGGUUGAACCUCUUGAAGUCAUCCAACUUAGGCAAGCACUUCGGCUUGUACACUAGCUCAGAUAAGACGCGCCUCGCUGUGGAUCGCGAUUUUCGAGUGGCCACGAACGGGAAGAAUGGCGAUUUUGGAGCGCCGACCAUGAACGGGAAGAAUGGCACAUCUAAGGCGGCCGCGAAUGGAAUAAAUGGUCAUUCACGGACACCGGACACGGGUAUCAACGCAGAGGAGAAUGAACCAUAUACAUCUAUGAAGACCAAAGUUUCUGAUACACUCUAUAUCUCGCGACGUUAUAGACUUCUACCACUACCAACGGCUGGUCACGGAUUUAUUCCAAAGAUCUACUUGCAAGGUUGUGCAGAGGAAACACAUGGAUUGAGUGACACGUUAUUGAGUGUGGUGGGAGUUAGGGCAGGAGAGAUUGUGGAAGACUUGUGUUCCGAUUAGAGGACUUACGGUCUACUCUGUGAUAGGAUACCUUUGGUUAGUGACUUGAACCGCUGAUACAGGAUGUGUUAAAGGUUACCACUGUAUCAUUAGAAACUCACUACGGGUCAUUGCUGCAGCGCGGCCCGUGUUAAAUAGGUCAGAAUUCUUGUAUAUACCGAUAUGUAGUCGAUUAUUGAUCCAACGCGAGAACUACGCGAGAUGCGCACGAGUGGGCGCCACUCC